CAGUUCGACAGCUUAGACAAGCAUACACAAUGGGGAAUUGACUUCUUGGAAAGAUAUGCCAAAUUUGUUAAAGAGAGGAUAGAAAUUGAACAGAACUACGCGAAACAAUUGAGAAAUCUGGUUAAGAAGUACUGUCCCAAACGUUCAUCCAAAGAUGAAGAGCCAAGGUUUACCUCGUGUAUAGCCUUUUUUAACAUCCUUAAUGAGUUAAAUGACUAUGCAGGACAGCGGGAAGUAGUAGCCGAAGAGAUGGCACACAGAGUAUAUGGUGAAUUGAUGAGAUAUGCUCAUGACCUGAAAACAGAGAGAAAAAUGCAUCUCCAAGAAGGACGGAAAGCUCAACAAUACCUUGACAUGUGCUGGAAGCAGAUGGAUAAUAGUAAAAAGAAAUUUGAAAGAGAAUGUAGAGAGGCAGAAAAGGCACAACAGAGUUAUGAAAGAUUGGAUAAUGAUACUAAUGCAACCAAGGCAGAUGUUGAAAAGGCCAAGCAGCAGUUGAACCUGCGUACACACAUGGCUGAUGAGAAUAAAAAUGAAUAUGCUGCACAGUUACAGAACUUUAAUGGAGAGCAACACAAACAUUUUUACGUAGUGAUUCCUCAGAUUUACAAGCAACUACAAGAAAUGGAUGAACGAAGGACUAUUAAACUCAGUGAGUGUUACAGAGGAUUUGCAGACUCAGAACGCAAAGUGAUUCCCAUCAUUUCAAAAUGUUUGGAGGGAAUGAUUCUUGCAGCAAAGUCAGUUGAUGAAAGAAGAGACUCUCAAAUGGUGGUAGACUCCUUCAAGUCUGGUUUUGAACCUCCAGGAGACUUUCCAUUUGAAGAUUACAGUCAGCAUAUAUAUAGGACCAUUUCUGAUGGGACUAUCAGUGCAUCCAAACAGGAGAGUGGGAAGGUGGAUACCAAAACCACAGUAGGAAAGGCCAAGGGCAAAUUGUGGCUCUUUGGAAAGAAACCCAAGCCACAGUCCCCACCCUUAACCCCCACUAGUUUAUUCACAUCCAGUACUCCUAAUGGGUCCCAGUUUCUCACAUUCUCCAUUGAGCCCGUGCAUUAUUGUAUGAAUGAAAUAAAAACAGGGAAGCCCAGAAUUCCUUCUUUCAGAAGCCUCAAAAGAGGGUGGUCGGUGAAGAUGGGCCCGGCACUGGAAGAUUUCAGUCAUCUGCCACCAGAACAGAGACGUAAAAAACUGCAGCAGCGUAUUGACGAACUUAACCGAGAACUACAAAAGGAAUCUGACCAAAAAGAUGCACUCAACAAAAUGAAAGAUGUGUAUGAGAAAAAUCCACAAAUGGGGGAUCCAGGGAGUUUGCAGCCUAAAUUAGCAGAGACUAUGAAUAACAUUGACCGCCUACGAAUGGAAAUCCACAAGAAUGAGGCUUGGCUCUCUGAAGUUGAAAGCAAAACAGGUGGGAGAGGAGACAGAAGACACAGCAGUGACAUAAACCAUCUUGUGACACAAGGACGAGAAAGUCCUGAGGGAAGUUACACUGAUGAUGCAAACCAAGAAGUCCGCGGUCCACCCCAGCAGCAUGGUCACCACAGUGAAUUUGAUGAUGAGUUUGAGGACGAUGACCCCUUGCCUGCUAUUGGACACUGCAAAGCUAUCUACCCUUUUGAUGGACAUAAUGAAGGUACUCUGGCCAUGAAAGAAGGCGAAGUUCUGUACAUUAUCGAGGAGGACAAAGGGGAUGGAUGGACAAGAGCUCGGAGACAGAAUGGCGAAGAAGGCUACGUGCCCACAUCUUACAUAGAUGUAACUCUAGAGAAAAACAGUAAAGGUUCCUGAAGAGGGUUUCUGAGGAAAUGGGCAAGAUGUGGAGGAGGUUUCAUGCAGCUGCUGUGGGGGAGGGAUUAGAGUUGUCAGGCUGAGAGAGAGAGAGAAACCAGUGCAUGAAUGCAUGCAGACAUGGUGAUUUUUUACUAACUUCAUUAGCAUUUCCAUACAUUGUUUUUAAAAACCAUUGUAAUACCAAUCUUUAAAUUUGUAGUUUACAGUUAUGAGCAAAAGAAAAAGGCCAACAAUGGCUGACCAUUUUUCUGUUUAUUUUACUAAUUUCUGGUCAGUAAAGAAUUCAGAGUUGCCAUCAAUUGUCUUCCAUUUGGCUGUCCCAACAGACCGUCUCCAGCCGGCUCUGUUUAGUUGGCUUGCAGACCCAUGUCCCGCUAGCUCCUUGCCAUGUCCGUGUCUGCCUGCGCCACCUCCGUGCUUGCUUAACAUCCUGUUGCAUGUCUAGCGCCAUCGUGCUGGGUUUUUCAGGCAUGUCUUUGUAAUCCCUUGUUCUUGUCAAGCCUCUGUUCUGUUUUACGUUUGUCGUGCAAGCCACUUUGUCAGACAUCUCCAGCACUGAUGUUUCCAUCCUAGUGUUUGUGUGUGCUGCUAUGACUUCCCCACUGCCACUGCAAACAUUCCAGUUUUGGCAUUCCGAAGUAGUAUGUGAACCUGAAGUAUUUACGAUAAGAAAAAGAAACAUCUCUGCUCUAGCCUACAGCCCCAUUGAAAGACUCUGAAACGUGAUACAUCUUCAGCACCUCAGUUUGGGAAGACUCCAUCCAUAGUCAGCACUGAAAUCCUGGCAUAACAAACCCAGAAGAUACCACCUCCAGACAAAGGACUAUUGUCAGAAGUCAGCUGCUUCCAUUCAAAUGCUGCCUUAAACUAGAGUGCCUAAAUCUGUCGGUUGCCAACACUCCCACUCCAGUAUCCCACAAAGGGCUUGAUGUGUCAGUUCAGUGCGACCUCCUUUAACUGCAGCACUGCUGCAGCUGCCGACGGAGCCUUGGUCGGCUCUGCCGUGGACGAUGGUGCAUCUUCACAUUUGUGCAUCAGACUAAAGACAGUCCGAGUCCACUUUACUUUAUUCAGUGUUUUUAUGAGAAGUUUUACGGAUCUCCCCUGUUGUCUUUUCAUUUGGGGUUAUGAUGAUCUCAUUUGGUUAUUACAAUGAUAGUCUGUUUCCAAGUGAUGCUUUUGUUUGAACCCGAUAAAAUUUAGUGAAACUUUGUAAUGAUCUGUGCACUUUUUCUUGUAAAAGGGGAAUUUCUGUAUGUUUAUACUUGUAAAUAUAAUCGAUGUUAGUGCUCCUUUUCCCAUGUUGUCCUGCCUCGCCUCUGUGCUUCUGUUGAUGACUUGUAUCUUAACUGCUUUCUUAGUGCUGUUGUAAUAGGGAGGUGGGUGGGGGCCGGGGGUUAUUUGUACCACUAAAGCUUCAUUAGUUUGGUUCUUUACUGUUUUGAGGGGAGAAGGCGAACGUGAACUGGUUUGUUAUUGGAUUUUAAGCAAUAUUUUAGAUGCUGUGUGAAGCUCUAAUAAUUUCCCCCAGUGUUAUUUGAAUCAUACUACCAGUUACACUAAAGCUGAAUGACAGUUGUGUGAAAGUUAAUGCCUUCAUAAGAACAAGUACACCACUGCUACACAGCUGGCAUAGUGUGUUACCUUUGCGACUAGUAAACUAUAAAGUUUAGAUAUUGAAUCUCGUUACAGGGUUAUUUAUAUAAUGUGACAUUACUCAGUACUGAUGGACUACAUGAAGUAGUUUUAAAAUCUGUGCUAUUUUUAUGUUAAAGGUUAGCGGUGAGGAAGAAAUGUGAUCUGGCUGUGUUUGUCUUCUGUACAGAGCCUGAUGUGCUUAUGUGUUUUUGGCUAACAGCCACAGAGGGCAAAGUGUAAGACUUUCUUGUAAGAACUAACUGUUCUUUUCAAGCUACUGUUUGUUUUUCUAGAAGCAGGAUUUGCUUCCAUGGGAGGCAAGCUCCUUCAUGUGGAAUAGUGCAACUUGUAUAUGGAUUAUGAUGGUAGGAGAGACAUUUGUACUUGCACAGUUUAAAUCAUUCUUAAAUCAUUCUUAAAUUUUGAACAUGUGAAUUGUCUAAGAGAAAUCUUUAAUUUUUCAGUAAUUUUUACUCUUUUUGUGCACAUGUUGAUUUCUUAAUGGUAAAUGCUUUGUUUAAGAUAGUGUUCUCUGUUGAGAAUAUUUUCAUGGAAUAAAACAAUCUUUUCAUGGCCGGUUAA